GACAGGGUGCUGAAAACGAUGGCGACCGAUACAGAGGAGAUAAGAAACCAAACAAGCUCCUGUCCCAUCCCCGACAACAGUCUUAGUACUCUGUCCAUCAAAAUUACCCGGAAAAACCAGGAUAGACACUGGAAGUUGCGGUUUAUUUACCUGCAGUGCUAUUUCUUGACCAUUGCAACAAUAUUGGGAACUGGAAUCUUAGGUCUCCCAGUAACGAUAGCCCAUGCUGGACUGGUGCCUUUCCUCGUCUCUUUUCUCAUUGGCUUCUUUGUCCAGGCCUUGCUCAUCUACCUCUUUGUGGAACUUCUUCAGAAAUGUCAGGUGGUGCAGCUGGAAUCUCUAAAGACAGGUGUCGCAGAGUGUAUUGUGAUGGACCAGGUGGGCGUGGAGGUAUCAGCCCCCACAGAGGAAGAGGAUGAUGAGGAUGAGGGUGAAAAUGCUCAAGCAGAUACAGGUUUACUACAGCCAGACGCCGUAGCUUUGCACAAUCAAGCUGAGAGCCUGCAGCCCAACCUUCAUAUGCUUGGCCACCUCUUCCUAUCCCGGCCCAUGAGUCACGCCUUCAACUUUAUCCUCCUCUUCCAGUUUAUUUCUAUUGGAAUUAGUUAUGUCUUAGCUGGCAGUGAGGCCUACGCUGCUCUUCUUAAUGUCAGGCACAUCUAUGUGAUCCCGGCUUUCACCUGGACUCUAACUCUGGCUAUCUUACUAGCCCACACAGUCAUCCAGCCAAUCACUUCGCUGCUUACCCUGCUGAAAGGAAUCAUGCUCAUUGUCACGGUGGCGGUCACAUUUGCAGUGGGGUCAGAGGUCGGCCUUCAAAGCAGCAGUGAUUUCAGUCAGAUGGGGAAACCUUUCCUAAUGGGCACAGUGGCUCUGGGAGGGAUUGUAAACGUGAUGCCUCUGCUCUUCUCACAGAUCUCACACAACAAAACACAGAUCCUGUGGUUUCGGAGAGCAGUGCUUGGAGGUCUGACAACCUGUACUGUGCUCAACAUCCUCUGGUGCUGGGCAGUGCUGGAAAUUGUCCCCCAGACGUCAUUACCAGAGAGGUGGAUGGUAGCUGAGACAACAAAGCCCAACACCAGCAGCUUGUCUGGUCCUCAUUCCUCCAUCUCCCCUCUACUGUACUCCAACAUCUCACUAGAAGAGUCUGAGAAAGCAGGAGAGAUUGCAACCAUUCCACUGACUAGGUCGAUGGUCUGGUGAGCUCUGUGUGGAGCAGCAGACUGGAGUGGCUGUCUAAAGCCUGGGAGCAAAACCUGCCGAACAAGCAGCACAUCUGCUCAGCGAGAAGCAUGGCUAAAGGAUUCAUGUCACUGCUUGGAUUUGGUGUCAUCUUUACCGUGUCAGUGUGUGAUCCCAGGGGUUUUGUUGUCAUGUUGGACAAAGUUGUGUCGUUCUCCCUCAACACUGAAGUCGGACUGUUUGUCUUCAUCAUGAUGAGAGAAUCCAGAGAAGAGAGAUUCCAAAACCUUGCGGUCCCUCUGCCAGUAGGCGACUCAGUCUUCAGCCUCAGUUGGCUGCUCCCCACCUACUUCCUGUUUGCAGUAACCUAUGACAUCCUGCAGACCCUGGCAGAUGUGGCUCAUUACCUGCCUUUCUACAGCCACAGCGAGGAACCACACAACCUCAAUCUAACUGGCAGUUUAGCAGCAGCCAAUCUCUCCACCCCGCUCUGAUCCUCACGCAGCCAGAGGAGAGACAGACCAGUCAUUAGAAGAGAAGAGAAGAUGAAUCUUUAAUGACAACCUGAGGAGAAACUGGUCACAGAACACAGCAAACAGAAUACAAUUAGCAGUAAGAGCGGGCCAGUGGGCCAAUAUUUGCUAAUCCUCUGUAGUCAAGCUACAACAACAACAACAACAGCCUCCGCACUAGAGACAGAGGCAGCAGACACAAAGCCAGUUGCAUCACCUUCACGAGAGAAACAACUUCUCUGGCUGAGCUGUUUGGGGAUCAGUCCAAGACCCAGGAGACGGGCAGCAACUCUGUGGCCAAGACAGCAGACAAAGGAGUGAUGUUGUUCUCAGCAUGUUGGCUCAGCGAUACUUAUCUGUGCCUGGGUCGCCUGUCUCUAGUGAGAGAGGCUUGUAUUUUCCAUAGAGACGACUGUCAGCAAGCAGACUGUUCUGAGGAUCACAUAUACAGCAAGCACACACAAUAAUGCAAAGCACCUCAGAUGAGCUUUCAGCUCAGAAGUAACUUAAUCCCAAUAACAAACACUGCAACAAUAAAAGUUUAGUGCUAAGUGGCAACAUUUUGUGAUGUUGAAGUGAGUCGUUACUACCUCCCCAUUAAACUAAAUUAGGCCUAUUAUUAAAUCAUACGCAACUGUCAGUCUGCUUUCACCUCUAUUGUACUAACAGUUCAUACUGCUAACAUUUCAGCUGCCUACUAACUUUAAAAUAAGCCCCACCCCUGCACUUUGUGGUUAGUGUGUGUUUAUGACAGCCACUGUUGAAAAUACCACAGCAGGGGGAAGAGCUUAGUAUUUGUUCAGUCCCAGUUAAUAAAAAAAAAAAAAAAAAAGUCUUGAUUGGCUCUCAUCCUGAGCUUCCUGAUAACAUCUAGACAUCUCUAGUUACACGUCUACUGAAAUAAAUAUACUGAGGGAGCAGAAACAAACACCUGCAAACUGCGAGGGAAUGCGGUGAAAGUUAAAUGUUGUUGAACACUGAAACAAUAAACGACAUAUUAUAAAAUGA